AUGAUACAUGGGUUAAGAUCACGAUUUAGAGUUGGAAUAGUUAAUCGGGUAUUAUCAGUGCAGAGGUACUCAUCUAAAAGCAGCACACCGAAUUCCUCGAAGCCAGCUACAUCAAGUGAAGGUGCGGAGGGAAAUGAGAAUUUAGCAAGUAAUGGUAAGAGUAAUGAAUGGGGUGAAAAGAAGGAGAAAGUAGAGACGAAGGAACCAAAAGAAGGUGCUGAUAUUAGAACAGAGGAAAAGAAAGUGAAAGGUAGACGAUCAUACGUAGUGCCUCAGGUCCCGUCGACUGAUUAUGUACCAAGGGCAGAUUUAGAGACGGAGGGGUUGUUUGCGGGAUACAAGCCGUUAUUUUUGGGGAAUUCACCGCUGGAAACGAGCCGGAAUGACGUUCUUUUGGACGGACUCUUCUCAUCGAUUAGAAAGCUGAAGAACGCGCAGAUCAACUCUGAGAGUAAUACGGUGGAAAUAGAUGUUUCUGAUAUGUUGGACGACUUGAAGAAGGAUAACAGGGAGUACCAGAAGCUGCAUGAGAAAGUGCCCAAGAUUCCAUGGGACGCAUCGAUCAGUGGACUUGUAUACAACGACCAGCCUUUUAAAGGUGUACCACGCUCUGUUGUUUCGAAGCUAAAGCCGUUCAAGCUAGUGAAGGUUGAGAAGAAGCAACCUCAUAGAGAGGAGGAGCUUGGAAAGAAGAUCAAGCUAAGGUUUCAUGGCCCACGGAUUAAAGAUGAACCAACCAUGGUUGAUUUGACCCAGGAAGCGAAGAAAAGUAGGCAAAAUACCAAUCCGUCCGAUUUACUCAUGGACAGCCAGUCACUACACGCGAGAAAUAGGUACGAGGCAAGUAAAGUAGACUUCGCUUACAAAUUUAAUUUUAUCGAGGAGGACCAAAGAAUGUUUAAACACAAGGUAUCGAAAUUGACAAGACUUUUCGCUAAGGAAUUUAUGAAGGUCAGAGAAAUCAGAUUAGCCUCUGACUUCAAGGACAACCACCUUCCGUUGUAUAUAUACAUCGACUAUUCGGGACAAUCGAGGGCCAUGCUUAAAAGACAUUUGAGGAGAAAGAUGAUAAACUACGUCAGUCCACUUCUAAUGACACUUUCGCAUAGUUACGAAACUAAAGAACAAUUCGAAAAAUUCAAGGGUAGAGUAUAUUCGAGGAUAGAGUCUAUUUCAGCGUUGCUUUUGGAGUAUAUCCCUAGUAUUCGAUUUAAAGAUCCAGAUGUGGAUUGCGUAAUAUCUCCAAGUCCAGUGAAGGGCUUUGGAAGAAUACACUGGUUAAAACCAACAAAGAGACACAACGUCUUUUGGGGUAAAAACAUCUCAAAUGAUUAUGUAUUCAGUUUGAAUUAUGACGUGAAGGUAUCACGUAGUGGAAUAAGACGCAUGAAAUACCCGGUAAAUCUUAAUACCUCGUCUUUUGAUUUUGCGUUUUCAAAAUGGAAAUGUUAUGAUCUAAUAGUAGACGAGCCUAUUGAAAGCAGAUAA